ACGUUGCUUGAGAGAUAGAGAGAAUUUUAGACGUACCCUUUACCGCAGAUUAUAUAUAACACUAUCGACACCACCAUAAUAUUCCACAAAACACCAUCAUAUAUCGAUCUGUCCAUCAUCUCUACAUCUCCAUCUCCAUCUCCAUCUCCAUCUUCAUCUCCAUCUCUCCAUCCAUAUCUUAUUUUCUUCUACAAUAAUCACAAACACAACAACCAUACAUACACAUCGAUCACCAUGGCGACCACUGGUCUAGACUUGUGCCAAGACCUUCCAUCCCUCAUGCGAUCACUGCCCUCCAUCAAAAUCCAAACCCCCAAACAACAACAACAACAACAACAAGAUAACUCAUCCACUAACGACGCCGUCCUCGAAGACGAGUGCUGCCGUACCCCGAAGUCGGAAGCCAGCAAGAUCCCGGCAGUCGUCACCUGCCCGCCGGCGCCCAGAAAGCCGAGAAGGGCUGCCGGCUCCUGCAAGAGGAAGCUGACGGAGCUGCAAUUCUUCGAGGUCGUGAAUCGCGACGAAGUCGAAGCCUUUUUCGGAUCAACCGGUUUGUUCAACAAAAGGAGCUGCCGCGCCAUGUAAAUAAAAACAUCCCAAUUACACGGUUUUUUAAUCUCUUUCAAAUCGCUGUUAUUACACGAGUUUUAUAUACAUAUGAUCGUCCUGAUCUUCCUUGUAUUGUUCAAAUUCAAAAGGCUUGUGUUCUUAUAAAUUUGUAUUACACUGUUCUGAAUUCACAAGUCCAUUGAAUUUUCCAGCCGUUCAAUUUCAGACUUUCUGGCCUAAAUCCCUGAAUGAUAUAUCUCUAUGAAUAUUCAACGUACCACUUUGAGUUUCUUCUGGUU